CCUCAGCACGAUUAGCUGACGGGCUCUGCCUCUCCUCUGCCUCUGCGGGCUGUCAGUCGCUGGAGGAUUUGUCGGAGUUUACGAGCCUCUCAUUCUGUGAGGAUGUUGUUGUGGCUGGUUUUGUUCCUGCCUGCCCACUCCUUGGCUCAGCGAUCCGAGCCCAUGUUCUCCGCCAUAACCAAGACCGUGCUCCCCCCUGACUACGACAACAACCCCACUCAGCUCAACUAUGGUGUGGCUGUCACCGACGUGGACGGAGACGGAGACCUGGAGAUUUUCGUCGCUGGCUACAACGGGCCAAACCUGGUGCUGAAGUACGACAAGCAGAGGAAGAGGCUUAUCAACAUCGCCGUUGACAACCGUAGCUCUCCUUUCUACGCCCUGAGAGACCGCCAAGGCAAUGCCAUCGGAGUGGCAGCGUGUGACAUCGACGGAGACGGUCGGGAGGAGAUUUAUGUCCUGAACACCAACAAUGCCUUCUCCGGUCGGGCGACAUAUUCUGACAAGCUGUUUAAGUUCCGUAAUGGACGCUUCGAAGAUCUACUGAGCGAUGACAUUAACGAACACAGAGAUGUAGCAAACCGAAUGGCUGGGCGCUCAGUGGCCUGUGUGGACAGAAAGGGUACGGGGCGUUACGCUAUCUACAUCGCGAACUAUGCCAGUGGCACCGUGGGUCCUCACGGUCUCAUAGAGAUGGACGAGACAGCGAGUGACCUUUCACAGGGCGUCAUCGCCCUCUCCAGCGUCGCCGAGCAGGCCGGGGUCAACAAGUUCACAGGAGGGCGAGGCGUCGUGGUGGGGCCCAUUGUCAGUCAAACGCUGUCCGAUGUCUUCUGCGACAACGAGUACGGGCCAAACUUCCUGUUCAGGAACAACGGAGAUGGAACGUUCACCGAUGUGGCGCAGCAGACUGGUGUGGAGGACCCCAUGCAGCAUGGAAGAGGCGUGGCUCUGGCAGAUUUCAACCGCGACGGCAAGACGGACAUCGUCUACGGGAACUGGAACGGACCUCAUCGCCUGUACAUGCAGCAGAAUAACCGCAAACAGAAGUUCAAGGACAUAGCAUCCCAGAAGUUUGCCAUGCCGUCUCCGGUUCGCACCGUCAUCGUCGCAGACUUCGACAACGACAAUGAGCUGGAGGUUUUCUUCAAUAACAUCGCCUACAGAGGCCCCUCUGCCAACAGGCUCUUUAGGGUGAGCAGGAGAGAGCACGGCGACCCACAGAUAGAAGAGCUGAAUGUUGGCGAGGCAUCAGAGCCUGAAGGGAGAGGAACAGGAGCUGUAGCCACAGACUUUGAUGGCGAUGGCCACCUAGAACUGUUGGUGUCUCAUGGUGAAAGUGCAGCACAGCCGCUCUCUGUCUACAAAGUCAACCAGGGUUCCACUAACUCAUGGCUCCGAGUAAUUCCCCGGACCAAAUUUGGUGCUUUCGCCAGAGGAGCUAAAGUGGUGGUGUACACAAAAAAGACAGGGCCACACACACGGAUCAUCGACGGUGGCUCGGGAUACCUGUGUGAGAUGGAGCCGGUCGCCCACUUUGGACUUGGCAAGGACGUGGCCACCAACGUGGAGGUUUACUGGCCAGAUGGUCGCUCAGUGGCUCGACCCCUGGAACCUUCAGAGAUGAACUCAGUGCUGGAAAUCCACUAUCCAAGAGACGAGGAGGAAAUCACUGCUACUACAGAAAUAGAGUGUGGUCACGGGUUUGCUCUGAAUGAAAAUGGCCGCUGCACUGAUCAGGACGAGUGCACCCAGUUCCCCUCGGUGUGCCCCUCUGACCGCCCCGUCUGCAUCAACACCUAUGGCAGCUAUAAGUGUCGUGCCAAGAGGAGAUGCAAUCAGGGCUUUGAGCCCAGCGAUGAUGGGUCAGCCUGUGUGGCUCAGGUGGCUUACUUUGGGGGGGCACAGUCCUCUGGGGAAUGCAAGUGGUCGCGCCUUUCUUUCUGGUUGCUUUGUGUCUCUGUGUUAGCACUCCUCGCAGACCAUCUUCAGACAGGAACACUGUAGCUGCCAGUAUCUUCUCCCCCCCUUCCUAACUCUCUCCACUGCUGAGCGGGGAUGUACAAAAACUCUCAAGAGAACACUUUUCACUGAAACCUCUACUACUACUACUACUUCUUCUUCUUCUUCUUCUUCUUCUCUAUGGAUGUCUAUCAUUUUUCCAUCAGUGAUUUGCAGCGUUGAUCCCUCUGCACCGCUGCCAUGUGUCACCUCUUGGCUCCCAGCCCUCUGGACUAUAAAGAAGCGCACAGGGAGCAUGCUCGCUGGGAGCUACGAGGCUCAGAAAGUGACUGUGUCACACCCGCAGAGUGCUCACGUCAUCACCUGGCACUUAACUUGGUAGGACCUGAACUGAGGCCAAGUCAAUAAGUGGUGCCGCAGCAGCGCAUAAACCUCUGCAUGUACAGAACUGGCUCUGCAGACCACAUUCAUUAGAGACCCGCUGAGGCCCCAUCUGUAUCUCUGCAAUGCUGCACACAUUCAUCCAGACAAUGUCACUCUCAUUCUUAGUAUGGGCUCAGUGGGAUGCUGCUUGUAUGAGUGUGUGUGCGUGUGUGCGAGAGUGUGCGACAUCCAACAGGCAGUCCGCCACAGGAGCAUACGCCACACCAUCUGUCGCCGAUGGUAAGAUUACAUUUUGUUAUCUAUGAAUAAUACAGCAGCACAACCAAGAGGAUAAACACACGUGAGUGUGUGUGUGUGUUUUUAAAUGCAGUAACUGGCAGGUGCACUUGAACGCAUCGCAAUUUAUCCAUCGCUUUUAAAAUCACCCGCCGAAUUAUUAAGUUCAAGUUGUAGAUGUGAACUUUAACCCCCGAGCAUCGGCUCAUGAUAUUUACUGUGAACGUCGUGUCUUACAUUAACGUCGAGCAGAGGUCGACUGAUGCAGGUUUUUCUCUUGCCAAUGCGGAUCUUUAGAAAUCAGUGCCGAUAUUUGUUUCUGAUAAAACAUAACAAUGCAUAAAACACUUAAAUAUUAAAUACAAGAAAACUCUUAUUAAUCAAUAAUAAUCGAGCGAUGAGCUUUUUUGUGCCUAAUUAAUCAAAUUAGGUUGAAAGAAGGAAAUGAUGUGACGACACAGAUUAAGCAUAUUUGCUGUCAAUUUAAAUCUCUCAUGGUUUAUUUUAACAUUAGAACUAAAUUGCAGAUAAGACACACUUUAUAAAAUGACCAAAAUGAUGAAUGCACAAGUCAGUUUGUGAGUGAGAGGAGAGAAGAACUGUCCUACUGAAUGUAUUUAUUGACACUUAGUUAUCUGACUGUGAAUAUCGGCUGCUGUUCUAUCAUUUUACUUGCCGCUUUGGUUAUUUAUCUUUUAAUCCAACACUUUGUCAUAUUUUGGCAGAAACGAUUACCCAGAGGUGAGAACUGACAGAUAUUUGCUUUCACAUCAGUUCUCCUCUCAAUAAUCUACACAACAACAACAACACAACUCCAAACAUACCACAGUGUUAGAGGACACUAGCGGGAGACAAGUCCAUCAAGUGUUGACGAGCACAGUCCUCCAGAGUCAAGGCUUUGUACGUCUGUGUGUUUCAUGGACAGCUUUUUUUUUUCCACCCCCAAAAAAUCUGACACAUUCCAUUCAAGAACCAGCCGCAUGUGCAGCCCCGUGACAUCGCCGUGCCGACCCCACAGAUGCCACCUGUAAAUAUCAGCCAUCGUCAGCUGAGCCUCACAGACUGAGCACAUCUGAACACACACAGACUGGAGGAUGAGAAGCACUCAGUUUGUGCAGAAAUGUUCACUA